GCUGCAGUUGGUCUCCUAAGCAGUAACAGUCAUGAAGGUUCUGUUGAUCGUCGCCUUGGCUCUGGUCGCCCUGACCGCCGCUCGACCCUCCGACGUGAUCGACAUCGAGGAGGACCACAUGGAGCACGAGCAGGAGGGCGUCCCAGGGACGGCCGUGGAGGGCGAGUACUCGUGGGUAGCGCCCGACGGGAACGAAUACGUCGUCAAGUACGUCGCCGACCACAACGGGUACCGCGUGGUCGACGACAACGUCCUUCCGGAAUUCCGUGACGCCAAGCCCACCGGCGAGGCAGAGGAGGAUGACGACUAAUGCGAAAUGUUUGUCUAAUGCUUCCAAGCCGAAUCAAAAGAAUGUAGAUACUGUGACCGCGAAAGGAAAUAUAAUAAAUAUUACGAUUAAA